AUGUGGAAUGGUGGAACACAAGCAAGAACAGGAAAGAAGUUCAAGUAAGAUUAAAGUAAUAACAUAAUUGUCAUUAGAGAGAUUUAGAAUUACGUUUACGGCAAACGGCUAACGUCAGAUUCAAGUUGACAGUUUCUCAGAUUAGAAAAUGAACGGCUAUAAUCUGUCCAAAAUAAUUCUUAUGGAUGUUACUAACAUGAAGCUACAUGUACUUAUUUUUGUGUAGAUAUAACGAAGACAAAACGACGAGUUUGGGGAAACUUUUUGAACAUGUGGCGUAAACGUGCCGUAAACGUGAUUCUAAAGCUAUGUGCAUACAGUAACGGAUGGCUUUUCAUGAUGCCCCUAAAAGCUCGCCGGUAUAGAUCGUUUUCACUGUCACGCAACGAAAAAAAUAAAUUGGAAACCGUCCAGUGGAAGACGUUAAGAAAAUGAAAUGUUAUAAAAGACUAAUAUAUAAACAAUUUUUCCAAGUUUCAGGUCUUUGUGGCCCACAGUUUCUGAGUUAUUUCCCGAAACGUUUCACGCAACUUUGUAGAGCUUUGUAUGGAGACGCCAUAUUGGUGCACAGUUUUUGUGCACCAAUAUGGCCGCUGGAAAUCAACAAAAACAUCUGGAGUUCACUUUUUCUAUAAAAGCUCUUUCUUUUCACUCAAGAACUAGCAUACGUGCGCAUAAACAUUAUCUUCUAAUACUUAAAAUGGCUAUACUGCUGAAAUUAAGAGGAGAGGCUUUUUCUCAACUAGACAGCAUUCCUAUUCUGAUGUCCCGCACUGUGAAAACUCGGAAGUUCAAAUUGCUAUAUUUUCGAAAUGAAGCAUGCUACGGGAAUGGAAACUUGUACAAAGGUUUACUUUUUGUUUAUCUUCAACCUAGUGUAAAUAAGAACUCGUAAAACCUCGCUAUUUUGACUUUACAAUUUGAUGACGUCACUGUGAAAACCGCCUAUAGUAUGAACACCGAUCCGAUAUGUGGCUCACCACUUUAAAGGUCGGAGCGGCGCAUGCUUCGCUCCGUCACAGAAAUCGCGCCAAAAUCACCAUUUUUGUGUAUGGACAGAAGCCCUAUCAUAUCCGGUAUGAUUUUCGCGGCGGCGCAAAAGCUAUCCAGUAUGAUGUAAACAUGGCCUAAAUCGUUCUAUUGUUUGUCAUUCAGCUGAAGGGUUAACCCAGCUCGACGCGAGUGGUUCGUUCAUGAUCACGUGAUAGAUAUUGGUAACAGCGCCAAAAGAAUUUAACUACCAGUUAGAAAAAUUGUGAUUGAUUAACUCUAUGUAGUUAUAUAGUCAAUGUCAAUUGUAAGUUACAUUCGUCUCGUCCCUUUUUUGUUUGUUUGUUUUUUUCAAUUUUGUUCAAUUCCUUAGUACAUAAUAAUGUACCGCUUUGUAACUUUAACAGUGUGAUUUAAAUAAAACAAUUAUUAAAAAAAAAAAAAACAGCGCCAAAAGAGUGUAAGUGGCGCGCAGCAUUGCAAAAACUGCUACGUCAAUUGUUAACGUUAUAAUUUCACCCGCCAUUUCUGUUUGCAUAAACAGAACUUUGAUUUUAUCUACGGUGAUUUGGCCUAUUAACUUUUAGGAGCAAGCCAUUUCUUAGUCACAACUCGUUUUCUAUUUGGCUGCUCUCAAGAGACAACUCUGAUCAUUUCUUUCAUUCCAUGAUCGCCAAAACGUAGCUCAACAAUGCUGGAUUCGUAUGCACAGCUCUUCCAACAUUGUUGGGACCACGCACGCGCAUUACACAUGGUCUCCUUGGAAUUUGUUUUAUCCUUCCCACCAUGCACUUCAUGUCCCAACAAUGUUAGAAGUUGUUGCGUCCAUUUUGCACGUAGCUUUAGAUUAAGGCUGUUGCCAUUCAUAAACAAGUGUUUUUUUUUUCUUUUUCUUGUUUGUUUACUUGUGUUUUUGCUAUUUUCUCCGUAAGGUACAUUUUUCCAAUAUUCACCCUUUGCUGGACUGAGCUUUUUGGCUUGAAAACACGUGUACCGUGCGAAACCGAGGCUUAUGUCCUUGCGAACUACGGAAAAGAUUGGCAUAUGCCAAUCAAGGAAUGGAACUGGAAAGAAAGCCCGCCUAAUGUGCGAGAAAACGGCCAAUGGGACGAAAAGGACUGGGGCGAAGUUAUA